AUGAUUUUCAAGAGUCGAAAUAAGCUCUUUCUAGUUGUGAUUUUUUCGUUUUACGUCGGAGGGUUUUACUACUCCGCGACAGUCAUUAUUGACAAUAUCAAAAAAUACCACGACUACCCGUCCAUUUUCACCCAGCGCGAAGAUGACGCUGUCUCCACCUUUCCCAAAAUCGCCCUGUGCUCCUACCAAAUGCAUUCAAUGUGGAAGCUGCAAAAGUACUACCCCCAGAUCAACACCACCAUCCUCCGCGCCUUCUACGGUUCGGCCGACCCGACAUUGAAUUGGGACAAAAACUCGUGGGACGAAUUCAACAAAAUCGACCUCGACGAGUUUUUUCGAAGAACGAUGCCCGAUGUGAAAAUUUUUCAUUGCUUGUUUGACAGUUUGAACUGCACGCAUAUUUGGAAGCAGCGAAAGACUAAGCUUGGCAUUUGCCUAGAGUUCGACUUGUACCAUGAAGUGGAGGGCGAGCAUUUCUUACAUCUUUCGAGGAUUGAUCUUAAUUCUUCCGAACAUAACCUGGGCUUCGUCAUCGGUAAGAAAAUAGACGAAGAAAUCGCUAAUUUUCAGGGUUGA